GCAGCCAGUAGCGCUCAUGCCGCAGCACUUCUUGAAAAAAGUGGCCAAUCUGUUGGAUUUGUCGGUUUCGACACGGGAUUCUCGAAUGUUUUUGAAGCCGCCGCCGCUGCGGCGGCUGGUUCAAUUGGACAAGAAAUUGACCCAGAUGUUGCACUUCGUGAACUUAUUGCCUCAAUGAAAGAGAAGGAUACGGAAAUGGUAGAAUUGUGCUACAACCACUUUGCAACAAUUAUGGACAAACUGGCAAUGGAUGGAAGCCCGACAGUUCGGGUACUAUCCUUACGGGCAGCAUCAUAUUUCAUAUCGUCUCUGAAAAAAGCUGCAGAAAAACAACUCAAAGUUAUAAUGCCCUUCAUCCUGUUUGGUACAUGCGAUUCAAGCCUCUCCGUGGCUAAUCAGGCCGAAGCUGUUCUAUCUGAGAACUUUCCAGGAGAAAAAUCACAACAAGCCUCUACAAUUUUUGCUGUUACCACAGCCAAAAUUGCCGUGGACAUUAUCGCCGAACGACAUAAUUUGCUACAUGCCCAGAAGUGA